AUGCCAAAAUCCGGACAAACCUUGGCGGGAGCUUCCCGGGGCCUGCUGUGCCAUUGUUGCAAAACCAACCGCGGUCUUCCCGCCGACGGUACCAGUGCACGCAACCGUCUCGGCGCCUUCAUUCGUUAUGAUCGCAUUGAAUACUCCGACGCGUCGCAUCUGAUCACCAGUAUCGCAUACUCGUUGGGGAUGUUUGACCGACGUAUUGGAGCCGUCAUCUUCAAAGUCCUUCAAUCAAACAGACAUGUUUUGGGGCUGUCAGCAGAUUCGGCCAAAGAGCAAUUUGACCUGCUUCUCCGACGCCCGUUGGAGAGCCUGCCAGAUUUAGCUCUGGAAGGACCGAUAGUCAUUAUCAUCGAUGGUUUGGAUGAGAGUGACAUAACCAAGGAGAUGCUCGCUGUUUUAUUUGGAGGAUUUGGAUCAAAUCUGCCCUUCAUGCGAUUGCUUGUCUUCAGUCGUCCCAUUGAAAGGAUAUCACACUCAUUCCAUUCCGUGGAUCCGGCCGCUGGUGCAUUCCAGUUCGCUUUGGACGCUACUUCGGAGCAAUCGAAGCAUGUCAAGCGUGAUGUCGAGCACUUCAUUGAUAUCAAAUUUGGCGAAAUUUACAAAGCUGAGCCUCCAGGUAGUACAUUCAAAAUCACCUGUGAAGAGCGCGACGCAGUGGAUAAGCUGGCGCAGCGGGCCAGUGGACUCUUCAUCUGGGCUGCUGCAGCUUGCAGCUUUAUAUCCGCUAAUCCCAAUGGAAGAAUGCUCGAUGCGAUUCUGGGGAGUAACCUCCCAAAAAAUGCCACCGACUCCUUGAACAUCCUUUAUCGCACUGCUCUGAAUACUAUCGUGUUUGAAUCGGAGCUGGAUGACAUGGGGAACAUCAAGCCUGAUAAAGGGUCCGUCAGAGAGGACCUCAAGGAGGACAUACUGCGCAUCCUUGGUACAGUCCUGGUUGCAAAAACACCCCCGGGAAUGACAGCGGUCCUUCUCGAUAACAUCGUGCUUACCCCUAAUGAGGACACUGCAGCACAGGUUAUCCUGGAAAAACUUGGCAGUGUUUUACGGCUCCCAAGCACGGAAGACGACGGCUUUAUUGAGGUUAUUCACAAGUCAUUCGAUGACUUCUUGAAAAGACCUUUGCCUCGCCAGGACGGAUGGUUCAUCGAUAUCGAGGCCCACCAAAGGAAGCUUGCAAAGCAAUGUCUAUCACGUUUGAUUAAAUUCCUCGAGUCGUGGGUGCCUGAUUCCGCCAUUCCAUCCUAUAUCGAGAAUUACGCCGUGGUUGGGCCCGUGUGGCACAUAAAGUGUUUCGGUGUCCAGGAUGACAUCAAUGAUAUUCGCACCCUUUUUGAAGAACUGUUGCCCAAAUGGCUUCAAGUGGCAUUCAUGGCUGGUAAACACUGCGACCUCCUCAGUGAGAGGAUCGAAGUUUUGCUGUGGGUCAAUCGCUUAAAAGAUGUGGAUAAUAGCUUUCGUCUGCUCAUGUAUCGUGCAUGUCAACAUGCAGAGAAGGACUUAAUACCCAAGAUACGGGAUGAUGAGCCUGUUGGACCCUGUGGGGCAAAGGUCCACUGGCAUGACAUUCUCGAAUAUUCACCCCAUUUGAUGUUCGGGGGUGUCGGUGUGUUUAGCACAUCCGCAGACUCUCAAAUGCUCGUCGCCGCAACUGAAGACCAUACCUCUCUGGCAUUUUGGAAUAUCAGCGUCCCAAAAAAGCCAGCUCUGAUAUCGAUAUCUUCGUUUUUCGAUCCAGAGGAGUCGCUAGAGGAUCCUCAGUAUAAUAUCCUGGGUUGUGUUGUAACACGGUCGGUGGUCGUGCGUUAUCCAUACUCCCGUCCCCAGGCCCAUUGUGACAUCAUCGGGAGAUGCCCAGAUGGCACUACAGUGGCGGACCAGUCUGCGACUGUUCUCAUAUCCAUCUGUGACAUUCGAACACCUCAAAGCUGCUACCACUACCUUUUCGAAGGCCUGAAAACAUACAAGGUUCUUCUAUAUGUAACUAGCAUUAUAAUCGUCGACAUGCAAGCUAUGGCCCUCGUGAGGAUUGAUGUGAAUACCACCGACCGACAUGUUCACAGUACGCCGGGUCUGCAUUCCUGGAUCAGGGUGGCUGAAGGGGACGCAUUACAGCGGGAAUAUUCUCCAUCAUGGGCGAAUAGAAAUUCGCUACAUCAUUCUUUCUCUCGAUCUGAGUUGGAUUCCCCCCUGUGGGAGCGUUACAGCUACGACUCCGAGUUGGAGGAAGCGCCAGGCCGAUUCCUCGUAGUCUCGAAAGACGGAUCCACACUAGCACAUCUUUUUCGGUCAGAUCGUAGUCAUCGAAAUUCAGACAUCGUCCUUCGCUGCUGGAGCACGACUACAGGAGAUGUCCUUUCCACCACCGCGAACUUUGGGGAAUUCCGCGAACAUAGACUCGUGUCUUUGAGAAUAUCGGCCAGUGGCACCACCUGCUUGCUUAUCACAAGAGAGUCUUUUGACAACACAUCUCUCCAUAUUGUUCCUUCAAGUUCUGAUAACGGUAUCGAGUACGAUGUGAUAUAUCUCGAAGGAAUUGAUCAAGCUAGCGUGGCCUUUUUACCCGACGAAAGAAGAAUCGCCUACACGACGAACGGUGGCACAAGCAGCGAUAUGGUUAUUCGAGAUAUACGAGACAAACAUGAUAUUUUCCGCCAUCCCUUUCCAUACGAUGAAAUACAUGACUAUGACGAAAGGCCUUUGGACAUCGUGGUCACUCCGGAUGGAAAAACGUUGAUUACGGUACAUCCUUGGGUCAUCAGGACCUGGCACAUUGAAGCUCUCUGA